CCCCGUCCGUUCCGCCGUCGCUCGCUGGUCGAUAAGCAGUAUUAACAUACGCUGCUGGGAGGAUAGCAUGUCCUUGUGACACGCGACAAAUACAUCCUUGUUCUAUCGCCAUUUUGCAGAGCUCCAGCGUGACCUGCUAACCCUGCUCGUCGUCUUCCUAUCGCUAAUGUCACCCUCCACCUCUCCGUGGCUAUAACUGAUCCUACACUUGCAAGACAGUGCACAGCCAUACCUUGCCCUACUUCCUAUCCGGACAAUGGGCAAUAGCUCCGGGAAAGAAUCGCGGUCUUAUGGUGCGCAAAGACCUAUCAGUCGUCACGAACAUUCUUCCACAUCACCUGGGCCCGCAAGCCCUCCUCCACACAGCACUGCUGAUCGCCUGAAUGCCACAUACACUCCAAGACCCGGUCGGCAAAGUAGAACUGACUUGAAUUUCCUUGGCAUUCCAGUAUCCCGCGACAAUGGCGAUCAAACACCCCCGGAGACUCGGCGGGAAACAAAGGCAGAGAGAGAAGCGCGGAAGCUUGCCAAAGAACGGGAACUGCGGGAAAAAGAGCGUGAAAGGAGUUUGAAGGAAGAAGGCGUCGAUGGAGGAUUUCUCGUCACAUUGGGGACCUACACCGGCCCAGAAGACUUCAGCAAACCUGUAGUCCGACAGCUGAUGCUGGAACGAAGGAUAGCCCCGUUCUGGAGAGGCCUAAAUGACUUUUCGGAGUCCUGGGUCGAGCAUCAGAUUGUCUCCGCUGCGAGAGGAAACCCAAUACCAGCCGCCGACGAGAUUCCUGCAGAUCUUGUGAAUCAUGCAGAACCUAGUCCAGCUGCUUCCAGCACCAAUGUCAACCAUCUGACCGUUCCUAUCACUGGUCGAUCACAGUCAGCACAAUCUGAACGAUCGAUGAACCUUUCUGCCUCACACCCCGCUUUCUCCUUACCAUCAUCAGCAUCACCAAUUGGACAAUCCCCCUCAUCAUCAUCGCCAUUCUUCCGGGGAAGAGCGAAGACGUUGGCUGCAUUAUCCAGUACCAAAAACAACGGCUCGCAGACUGAUCUUCUCCCCCAGGAAAUUCAAAUGCCAAAGGAUCCUUAUGUAAACGGUAUCCGACUGGAGGCGUACCUAUACAAGGACGCCUCGGAGUGCCCAAUUUGCUUUUUAUAUUAUCCGCCCUAUCUAAACAAGACGCGCUGUUGCGAUCAGCCGAUAUGCUCCGAAUGUUUUGUCCAAAUCAAACGACCCGACCCACACGUGCCAGAGCAUCAUGACGAUUCAAAUGAUCCUACUCAUCCAUCAACAAACUCGGAAGACGCAGUAAACCUGGUCUCGGAGCCCGCUGCAUGCCCAUACUGUGCUCAACCAGAGUUUGGUGUAACAUAUGAGCCGCCUCCAUUCAGACGUGGCCUGGCUUAUGCUGGCGGGAGCCACUUUGUAGCCUCAGCAAUGUCGUCGACGUCUUCGCUGCAUUCCGGCGCUGCAUCCCCUGCGACAAACAGAAGACGAGCAACAUCAUUGUCAGCCACUGCACCAGGCGUUAUCACUACAGAUAGAGUUAGACCAGACUGGGCAAAGAAGUUAUCGGAUGCACGCGCGCAUGCGAUGCGUCGUGCAGCAGCAGCUACCGCUUUGCACAAUGCAGCUUAUGUGCUUGGGAAUCAAGGUGGAAGUGAAGGCACACGGCUAGGAUUUGGACGUCGUCGAAGGAUCGCCAUUGGCGGGGACAGUCCGAACAGCAGUGGUCGAGGCACUCCUCGACAUGGAGAAAGCUCAGGCCUGCCGGGUAGUAUUCUCAUUCCAAUAGACAGGAACCGGGAUCUGGAGCUACUCGAGAGGGAAAGACGAGGGGAGAGUGAAGACCAGAACAAUUUGGCUUCGGCUCGCCAGAGCUCAAGAAGACGAAUUGAAGAUAUUGAAGAGUUGAUGGUGAGAGAAGCUAUACGGAUGAGCUUGGCUACUGAAGAAGAGCGCAAGCGCAAAGAGGAAAAGGAAGCUAUGAAAGAAGCCAAAAGGGAAGAAAAGAAGAAAGCAAAGGACGCGAAGAAGGCGGCAAAAGAGUCACUGAAAAGUAGUCUUUUUGGUAGCACUUCUGCUAUGGCAUCACGAAGCUCCCUGGGCCAUGCUGUUCAAGGCAAAGGAAAAGAGGUUGACCGGUCCGAAGAUGCUCCCGAAGUGCCCGCUGUCCCAUCCCCACCAAUGUCAACAAGAACAGCAUCUCAGCAGCAUCUUCAGGAGAGUAGGGCUCGAUUAGAAGAGCAGGUGCCCGACUCCCCAUUUGGCGCGUCGGUAUUCAACGCACUGGGCGAGUCGUCGCAUCGCCAACUGCUUCGUGAGAGAUCAAAUAACUCUUCAGAGGCAUCGUCUAUCGAUGAGUCAACCUACAACCCAAAUUCUCGUAUCGGUGCAAGUGCACUCGGAACCAGCCCAGCAUCCGGUGGGAUGUUUGCACCGUCCGGCGACGACUCAGAUCUCAGCUCUCAGCCAACUCCAAGCGGAAAUACAUCUAGCGAGCCUAUGAUCAAUUUCACGAGCCUUAGCGCUGCUGUCGCUGGCAAGGAAGAAAAAGAAACGUCGACGUCUGGUGCAACACAUAUCGAGAGAAUACCGGAACACCCAGUGAAUGUCAAGCCAUCUCAGUCAAUUGCUGGUGAGACAUCUACGAAGCGGGAACAGGCCGCCAAUGAGCCUCCUCAGGUUCCCCCAGGAGAAGUCCAAGAACAGCAGAGUACUACAACCGCACCAGUCGUGCAGGCAGUCGGUGGAAAUCGCAACACAUUUGAGGAUAAACCCAUUAGGGACGUGAGCGUUUCCAACACUGAGCGUCGCGUUCCCCAAUGACACAUCGCCGAAAGACGACCGUUUUGUACAAAUGAUUUCAUUCGUUUCGAGCAUCAAGAUAGAUUGUCUCAUUUAUGCUUAUGCGCAGGUCAACUAACAUUGCAACCACCACCACUCCCAUAAACAUCCAAACAUCAAGCAUCGUCCUUCAUUCUAACAUCGGGCAUUGUCCGAUAACACAAGA